CCAGCCUGUGCUCAGGAAGGACAUCACUAAGCAUUCAGGGCUCUGGCUCAUUUUCAGACUAGCACUGUCAGUGCCUGUACGAAUCCAUGCAAGGCAGCAAGUGAGGAGAAACAGGCUUGCCUUAUCAGUGUUAAGCCAACCACCUCAGUGGCACAGACAGGGGGACAGGCAGUCUAGGGAGUGGUGGGGGGUCCUGCACAGAGGCACAAUGAACUCUUCUUGAUGUACAGAUGGCCCCAGUGAGGAAUGCUACAUUCUAGCCACUGUGCCAAAAGUAGUGCCCAAGGGAAGGCACAAGAAGGGAAGACAUGAGCGCCUGGGAAUACAGGGAUGCUGCUGUCAACCUAUCUCAGAGUUCCAGCUGGGUAACUCAUGCCCUCCACCCAGAUCAUGUGCCCACCUUGUCCCUAAACUGCUUUUGGAUUCCUGCUGCUCUGGGCCCCACUACAGAGGAGAGAAGGCCAUGCUGCCUUUCCUCCUCUCCGCACUGGUCCUGCUCACACAGCCCCUGGGCUACCUGGAAGCAGAAAUGAGGACCUACUCCCAAAGAACAGCGACCAAUGCUUGCACCCUGGUCAUGUGCAGCUCAGUGGAGAGUGGCCUGCCUGGUCGUGAUGGACGGGAUGGGAGAGAGGGCCCUCGGGGAGAGAAGGGGGACCCAGGUUUGCCAGGAGCUACAGGGCAAGCAGGGAUGCCUGGACAAGCUGGCCCAGUUGGGCCCAAAGGGGACAAUGGCUCUGUUGGAGAACCUGGACCGAAGGGAGACGCUGGGCCAAGUGGACCUCCAGGACCUCCCGGUGUGCCUGGUCCAGCUGGAAGAGAAGGUCCCUUGGGGAAGCAGGGGAACGUAGGACCUCAGGGCAAGCCAGGCCCGAAAGGAGAAGCUGGGCCCAAAGGAGAAGUAGGUGCCCCAGGCAUGCAGGGCUCAGCCGGGGCAAGAGGCCCCACAGGUCUUAAGGGAGAGCGAGGUGCCCCUGGUGAACGUGGAGCCCCUGGAAACACAGGGGCAGCAGGGUCUACUGGAGUCACGGGUCCCCAGGGAAGUCCAGGUGCCAGGGGACCCCCAGGAUUGAAGGGGGACAAAGGUGUUCCUGGAGACAAAGGAGCAAAGGGAGAAAGUGGACUUCCAGAUGUCACUUCUCUGAGGCAGCAGGUUGAGGCCUUACAGGGACAGGUACAGCGCCUCCAGGCUGCUUUCUCUCAGUAUAAGAAAGUUGAGCUCUUCCCCAAUGGCCAAAGUGUCGGGGAGAAGAUCUUCAAGACAGCAGGUGUUGUGAAGCCAUUUGCAGAGGCACAGCUCGUGUGCACACAGUUUGGUGGGCAGCUGGCCUCUCCACGCUCUGCUGCUGAGAAUGCCGCCUUGCAACAGCUGGUCAUAGCUCAGAACGAGGCUGCUUUCCUGAGCAUGACUGACUCCAAGACCGAGGGCAAGUUCACCUACCCCACAGGGGAGCCCCUGGUCUAUUCCAACUGGGCCCCAGGGGAGCCCAACAAUGACGGCGGGUCAGAGGACUGUGUGGAGAUCUUCACCAAUGGCAAGUGGAAUGACAGGGCUUGUGGAGAAAAGCGUCUUGUGGUCUGCGAGUUCUGAGUCAACCGGAGUGGGUGGGGCAAUGCUGGGCUCAGGAUCCUGACCAGCAAGUCAGGGCCUAGCCCCUCAUGCUGCCAACAUCCUAAUAAAAAGGUGACCAUCUGUGCUGGGAA